AAGAGGAGAAAAAAAAGUGCAAAGAUUUAAAUCUCCUCCUUCCUCUUCCUCUUACAUGCUAAACCAGAAAAUCUCUUAGCUUCUCAAGUUGUCGAACAAAAUAAAAAAAAGCACUCUCCUUUAUCUUUCUUGUUUUUAUUUCCCGGAAAAAUUCGUUUUUUUUUUCUGUGUAGUGGUCGUACUAAACACGCUGCCUUUUAGCUGUGGAAUCUUAAAACAGCUUUAUCUUCUUUUUAUUUUUGAGUUGAACAUUCAACUCUCUCUCUUCUUCUUUUUUACGGGUCCGACCAUCUCUGCAACAUCGUACUUGUUAGGGAGACAAAACUGUCGAAGACCAUCUCCCUUGUCUUCUUCACUACAAGAACUCUCUCUCUGUCUCCUCCUCUGUACUUCCACUCUCUCUUUUUCCGUUUCUGUCAGCCUUUGAUUCCGCUUUUUUGUUAUCUUCACACAUAUUACCUUUGUUGCAAGCUCUGCUAUGGAAGAUAGAGUCUUCUCACCAUGUCCAAAAAAGAAGACCUGAUUCUUAUAGGAAUUUGAUCGAACACUUGGUGAGCUUAGUAAUAAUAACAUGAACAACCCGUUCGUGAUCCUCUGCCUGCUCGUCUUGUUUCUUACCGUGGACGCUCGUCACAGACGUCUACUCACCAACAACCAUGACGAAGCCGCUCUGUUAACGGCGUUUAAACAAACCUCCGUCAAAUCAGAUCCAACUAACUUCCUAAGCAGCUGGAAAUACGGGUCGGAUCAUGACCCGUGCUCCUGGCGAGGCGUCUCCUGCUCUAAAGAAGGCCGAGUAAUGGGCCUGGAUCUACGAAACGCUGGGCUCACCGGAACCCUAAAUCUCAACAACCUCACGGCGUUAACGAAUCUCCGGAGCCUUAACCUCUCUAACAACUCCUUCUCCGACGCGAUUCCGCCGGAGAUCGAUCUCCCGGCGGCUCUGCAACACCUUGAUCUAUCUUUCAACAACUUCUCCGGCGACUUCUCCCGUCUCAGCUUCUUCGGACUCUGCAGUAACCUCACCUUCUUCAGUCUAUCGCACAACAACGUCUCCGGCGAGGAGUUUCCGGUUACUCUCUCGAACUGUAAGCUUCUGGAGACGCUGAACCUCUCCCGGAACAGCCUCGCCGGAAAAAUCCCCAACGUCUGGGGGAGUUUCAAGAGCUUGAAAGAGCUCUCUUUGGCGCAUAACCGUUUCUCCGGGGAGAUUCCGCCGGAGAUUUCUCUCCUCUGCGGGACUCUGGAGGUUCUUGAUCUCUCCGGGAACGGACUCACCGGUCAGCUCCCGGAGUCUUUUGUAUCGUGUGGGGUAAUACAAAGUCUCAAUCUCGGCAACAACAAGCUCUCUGGAGAGUUUUUGACCACUGUAGUGAGUAAGCUCCAUAGAAUCAGUUAUCUUUACUUGCCGUACAACAACAUCUCUGGCUCUGUACCGCUUUCGUUAGCGAAUUGUAGUAAUCUGCGAGUUCUUGAUUUGAGCUCAAAUGAGUUCACUGGAGGAGUACCGUAUGGUUUGUGCACUCCGGUUCUUGAGAAGUUGCUUAUUGCUAACAACUAUUUAUCAGGGACUGUUCCUGUGGAGUUAAGUAGCUGCAAGAGCUUGAAGACUAUAGAUCUUAGUUUCAAUGCUUUGGGUGGUCCCAUUCCUAAGGAGAUAUGGACGAUGCCGAAGCUAUCAGACUUAGUAAUGUGGGCGAAUAAUUUGACUGGUGAGAUCCCUGAUAAUAUUUGUGUUGAUGGAGGAAACUUGGAGACUCUGAUCUUGAACAACAAUCUCUUAACCGGUUCUAUACCGGAAUCAAUCUCUAAAUGCACUAAUAUGAUUUGGAUUUCUCUUUCUGGUAACUUGCUUACCGGGAAGAUCCCGGUAGGGAUGGGAAAGCUUGAGAAGCUGGCGAUUCUGCAGCUUGGGAACAAUUCUUUGACAGGGAAUGUCCCUCCUGAGCUUGGGAACUGCAAGAGUCUUAUCUGGCUUGAUCUGAACAGCAACAGUUUAACCGGAAACCUCCCGCCUGAGCUUGCGAGCCAAGCCGGGAAGGUGAUGCCUGGAAGCGUCUCUGGUAAACAGUUUGCGUUUGUUAGAAACGAAGGUGGUACGGAUUGUAGAGGUGCAGGUGGUUUGGUUGAGUUUGAAGGUAUUAGACCAGAGCGGUUAGAGCAUUUUCCGAUGGUUCAUUCUUGUCCUGAGACGAGGAUAUACACAGGCUUGGCUAUGUAUACCUUCAGCGGAAACGGGAGCAUGAUCUACAUGGACAUCUCGUAUAAUGCGAUUUCGGGCUCUAUUCCUGUGAGUUAUGGUAACAUGGUUUACCUUCAGGUUUUGAAUUUGGGACAUAACUUGUUAUCUGGAACUAUACCUGAUAGCUUUGGUGGAUUAAAAGGCUUGGGAGUUCUUGAUCUGUCUCAUAAUAACCUCCAAGGAUUCUUACCUGGAUCACUUGGAGGUCUCUCUUUCCUCAGCGACUUAGACGUCUCUAACAACAAUCUCACCGGACCAAUCCCAUUCGGAGGGCAGCUCACAACGUUCCCACUCAAAAGAUACGCAAACAACUCAGGCCUCUGUGGGCUUCCUCUUCCACCUUGUAGCUCUGGUUCCCGCCACCACCCCACGGGCUCCAUUGCUCACCAUAAGAAGCAGAGUAUUGCCACUGGGAUGAUCACCGGGCUUGUGUUUUCUUUCAUGUGUAUGUUGAUGCUCACUCUAGCACUUUACAGAGCAAGGAAAGUUCAGAAGAAAGAAAAGAAGAGAGAGAAGUACAUUGAGAGCCUUCCGACCUCUGGUAGCAGCAGCUGGAAGCUCUCUAGCGUUCAUGAACCGUUAAGCAUCAACGUUGCAACCUUUGAGAAGCCGCUGCGGAAACUCACUUUUGCACACCUUUUGGAAGCCACUAAUGGGUUUAGUGCUGAUAGUAUGAUCGGGUCAGGAGGGUUUGGAGAUGUUUACAAGGCUAAGCUCGGUGAUGGGUCUGUUGUAGCGAUAAAGAAGUUGAUUCAAGUCACAGGGCAAGGUGAUAGAGAGUUCAUGGCUGAGAUGGAGACUAUUGGAAAAAUCAAACAUAGAAACCUUGUUCCUCUUUUGGGCUAUUGCAAGAUUGGGGAAGAGAGACUUCUUGUCUAUGAGUACAUGAAACACGGAAGCUUAGAGACUGUUCUACACGAGAAGACCAAGAGAGGUGGAGUGUUUCUUGAUUGGACAGCGAGGAAGAAGAUUGCAACAGGAGCUGCACGUGGGCUAGCUUUCUUACACCAUAGCUGCAUCCCUCACAUUAUCCACAGAGACAUGAAGUCUAGCAACGUUCUUCUAGACCAAGAUUUCAUAGCUCGUGUCUCGGAUUUUGGUAUGGCAAGGCUGGUGAGUGCUCUAGACACGCAUUUGAGCGUGAGCACUCUUGCAGGAACUCCUGGUUAUGUUCCACCAGAGUAUUACCAGAGUUUCAGGUGCACAACCAAAGGAGAUGUGUAUAGCUACGGUGUUAUACUUCUGGAGCUUCUCUCAGGCAAGAAACCGAUUGAUCCAGAGGAGUUUGGUGAAGACAACAAUCUCGUGGGAUGGGCUAAACAGCUCUACAAGGAGAAUAGAGGAGCAGAGAUUCUUGAUCCGGACCUGAUAACUGAAAAAUCUGUUGACGUUGAGCUGUUCCAUUACUUGAAAAUUGCGUAUCAGUGUCUGGAUGAUCGACCGUUCAAAAGACCAACUAUGAUUCAAGUAAUGGCAAUGUUCAAAGAGUUUGUUCAGGUCGAUACAGAGAAUGAUGAUAGUCUCGAUGACUUCUCUCUCAAGGAAACUCCUUUGGUGGAAGAACCAGAGACAAAGAGCCUUAGAAAAGUAUAGCCUUACAAGUACAACAGCUUGAGUCUUUAUGUGUAAGAAAAAAAAAAGCUCAGACUAUGACAUUUUGAAGGUCCUUAUGGAAAGGGGUUUGUUACCAUCAUACACGGUUCUAGGCUAUAGAGAAAUACUUUAUUGUAUAAAGUUUUUUUUGAGACAAAUAAGAUCUUUUUGCUUAUUUCAUCGAAGAUUAUGUAUACAUUACAUAAGUGUUACAAAAAAGUGAAGAAAAAAAAUAACAAAGAGAAGACUAAUGCUUCUUGAAAAGAAAAAUUACUUUAAGGAUAGAC